GUUGCCUUCGAAGUGGCACGAUGAUUUUCGAAAAGGCUUUCAGUGUCGUUUGAAGCGCCAACCCCUCCUUAAUCCCCCGACCAGUCUUUGGAAACGAUACGCCUUCAUCAAUCGAAACUCUUAUGCUCUUCGUUCUCCAUUGCAUAUCGUCGUCGGAUACCUUCAAGAACUACCACACAUCUGUUUGCCAUGGAGAACACCAGAGGAAGUUGCGGAUUUCCGCUGAGGUAACUCCAUCUGUGGAGGGUGAAUCGUUCCCGGAUGCUUCGGAAAUUGAGGAAUUAACCUUUGCAAAGAAUGAUUUCAUUCAAGCUCACUUUCCUUUUGCAAAGAAGGGAAAGAAAUCUGUUGCAGUCACAUACAAGAUGGUUGUGCAACAUUUCUUGGACAUUUGUAAAGGUUUGGACGGGGAAACGAAGAAUGAAGGCCACAAGAUGGAUGAUGUGAAAAAAGCCACACUAUUGUUUGUUGUUGUUGUUCUCUUGGGUCCUGCUGAUCGCGACAAGUCUGCAAUUCCAGAUUGGGUUAUGGGCAUGAUUUCAAAGAGGACAGUAGUUUUAGAUUUCCCAUGCGGAACUUGGGCAUUUAUAGAGUUCUUUUGGUCACGGAGGAAAGACCUAGCUGCUAAGGGCAAAUCAAUUGGAAGUGGGGCCUCAUCAACUAUGUACUAUACUGGUUUCUUGCUUUCCAUUGGGGCUCUACAGAGCAUUCUUGUUCCCGAUAAGUUUGAGGCUACUGCAGAGUGGUAUUUGAACAUCCAUCCUCUAGAGACCACAGCAGACCCUGAGUUGGAUGCAUUUGUGGCAAAAUUAGAGGGUAGAGCGGAAGUCCACAUUCCAGUGGAGAGGAAGAGAAAAGCCCGGAAUGUCCUUUCACCAACAAGAGAUAAUUCUGUAGAGCGUAAUAAGCACAUCUCCUCUCCCCAAGCAUAUCAGAGCCUUAGAGAAUCUCCUUCUAGAGUCUCCCAUUCCAACAUCCCAACUCCAUCGUCUCCUACCCCUCACCCCACCAAGCCUUUAUCCAAUUCCUUUCAAGAACUCUUUGAUCGAAUGUCUCAGAAAAUUGAUGACAUUGCAGAAGAACAACGAAAGAGGUUUGAAGUGCUGGAAAAAAAAGUUGAUGCUUUGUCAACUUUAAUAAAUCAAAAGACUGUGAAUAAGGUGCCAGCGAUGACAAUCAUGGAUAAUUGUGAAGAGACUAAGGCACGCAAUCCUUCACCUGAUGAUAAGGUUUCUCCAAGACUCGGUAUUCUCCAAAUUCUUGGGGAAAUAAAUCAAGAGCAUGAAAAUCCACCUUCAACUCUUUGUGAUUAUGUUCUAAGUUUGGAGAACAUAAUGCUUGAGUCUACCCAUGACACAAUGAUAAGAGACGGUGCUGCUUCAAUUGAACCUUUGGAACUCCUUGUGGAGAAAAUAGCUCAGUCUACCCAUGAGACAAUGGGAACAGAAGCUGCUGCCUCAAUGAAGCCUCUACAGGACAUGGUUGUUUCUCCCCAGAAGGAAUUGGGCAACGAGGCUGAGAUUAUUGAUGCUCAUGUGCAUAGAAAGCAUCUGAGUGAGUACCUUUACGUCCUGAGAAGACGUUUAUGCAAUGACAAUGGAGACUCUGUCAUUGCACAUUUUGAAUUCACAACGUACGUGAACUCUUUUGCGCAUGACCCAGAAUACCAUGUUUUGUCUAGAUCCAUUGAAAAGAUUGUGGAUGGUACAUACAGCGAGAGGCAGGAAGCAUUUAAAACCAAAGCCUAGAAAAAGAACACUGAGUGGGGUGUAUUC